GGAGACCUUGGCCCAGCUCCGCUCACGCUGACGACGCAUGACGAUUGGAAGAGGGAAAAUGGCCAGAGUUUCAGGGUAAGCUUUGCCGAAAUGCAGAGAAUGAGGUUGCGAAAAUUGCAAGACAAACUGGUGCAACACGCUAUAGCCGUUCAAUUUCAUAACGAGGAGCCGAAUGAAUGGGAGAACGACCUCAAAGAAUAUACGAUACAAGACUAUGAAUUCAUGAUGAGCGGCAGCUCAGCCACAAGGGAUCCUUUUCUGGCAAGUGGCGAGCGAUAUGUCGAUGAUUGGGUGAUUCGCAGAGCUCUUAAUGGCGUGCAUCUUGGAAAAUUGCAGGCACCCAUAGUCGUCCCUGCUCCAUGGAAUACGUCAAAGGAUAGUCUCCCUAUCGGGGAAAUACGAUCUCAGCAUGCCGCUCAGGUACUGGUGAAAGGUUUCCAGGAAAGACUUCUCAUGGCGACACUCGGCGGCUUCUUUCUCGUAGGGCCCAUGUGGCUGAUGGUCAAGCUCAACGACCAAACCACAUCUCUCAUAACAACGACAGUCUUUGUCGUUGCAUUUGGACUUCUAAUGGCCUCGACUCUGGACAAGCCUAAGGAGGUAAUGUCCAGUACCGCUGCUUACGCUGCUGUGCUCGUGGUUUUUGUUGGCUUGGGCACGACAGAUAGUGCGUGAUUAUGAUCAAGUCGCUUGAGUGAGAGCUGGUGGUGUACCAAAUCCAUAAUUUCCCAGAAAAAGUCGAGAUAGGAAAAGUUCUC